UUUUUCUUUCUGGGCUAAGAUUUGACAAAUAAAAGAAAAUAAAAAAUUAAGAUUGACAAAUCUGGAGAAACACCGAGCAGCUUCUAAGUUUUUCUAGUCAUUCUAAAUUAGCCACGUCAUUAACAGCAAGGCAUGCCAUGGCCACGUGUCAACACGAGUCUCACACUUUGAUAACAAAAGGACUAAUUAUAAAAAAUCGCUACUACAAAGUUUUUUUAAUCAGCGAAAAAACGCAGCAAAAACAAUUGUGAAGAAAGAUAGAUGAUGAUGAUGCAAUCCCGAUUAUUAGCGUUUGCUUCUGCGGCGCGUUCCCGUGUUCGACCAAUCGCUCAAAGGCGUUUAGCGUUUGGAUCAUCCACGUCUGGCCGCACCGCUGAUCCAGAGAUCCAUUCCGGUAACGAUGGAGCUGAUCCAGCUAUUUAUCCGAGAGACCCUGAAGUUAUGGAUGAUGUUGCAAACCCUAAAACGGCGGCGGAUGAAAUCGUAGACGACACCCCACGACCGAGUUUAGAAGAGCAACCGCUUGUACCGCCUAAAUCUCCACGCGCCACCGCACAUAAGCUAGAGAGUACUCCUGUUGGUCACCCGUCAGAACCUCAUUUCCAACAGAAACGAAAAAACUCCACCGCCUCUCCGUCUCCGCCGUCGCUUGAUUCUGUGAGCUGUGCUGGUCUAGACGGCUCACCGUGGCCAAGAGACGAAGGAGAAGCGGAGGAGCAGAGGCGGAGAGAAGGUGAAACAGAGAGCGACCAAGAGUUUUACAAACACCACAAAGCUUCUCCGUUAUCGGAGAUUGAAUUCGCCGAUACUCGGAAACCUAUUACGCAAGCUACUGAUGGAACGGCGUACGCAGCCGGGAAAGAUGUGAUCGGAUGGUUGCCUGAGCAGCUAGACACGGCGGAAGAAUCUUUGAUGAAAGCAACGAUGAUAUUCAAACGCAACGCAGAACGUGGCGAUCCUGAAACGUUUCCUCAUUCUAGAAUCUUAAGGGAAAUGAGAGGCGAGUGGUUUUAAACUAAAGACUACAAUAAAAUGUUGAAAAAGUGUCUGAAUAAACUUUUGUCAAUUAGCUUCAUUAAGACAUUUUGGUUCCUUACCAAAGUGUACAAAGCCUCUUUAUAUCUUCCAAAUCUCUAGAAACCCUAAAAUCAAGAGAAUUUGUUCGAACAUUAUGGAUUACAGUUAUGAUAUGGUCCAAAAAAGGGUUUUGUUCUUCAAUCCAAAGCUGUAAAAUUAAAAUGGUAUCAGAUUCCAAAGUUAUUGCU